CCAGCUCCUGCCCAGGAUGAGGAGCAGGUUGUGCCUCAGCGCUGGGCUUGUUCCCACAGAGCAGACACAGGUGAGGCAAGAGCACCUGUAGAGGUGGAACCCCAAAAAUGGAGGAAAUAAGAGUUUAUUCCGGAUUUUUGGGCAUGGAAAGGAACAAGCGGGCAGGUCACAGCAUGGAGAUGAAGCCAGAGGCACGUGUUGCCUGCCAGGUGAUGCUGGCAGUGCUUUUCACAGCUCUGCUCAUCACAGCCAUCGCUUUUGCAGUGCAAGCUUUUCAGCCUCAUGCCCAGCCCUGCUUUCAGUGCCCCUUUGACUGGAUCAGGUACCGAGGAAAAUGCUACUAUUUUUCUGAGGUUGAAGGGAACUGGACAUACAGCCAGGACAACUGCUCAGCACUUGGUGCUUCCUUGGCUAUGCUGGACAGCACGGAGGACUUGAGCUUUGUGAUGAGGUACAAAGGCAUCUCAGAGCACUGGAUUGGCCUUUUGCGGGAGGAUGAGGAGCAGCCAUGGAUGUGGCUGAAUCGCUCACCUCUAUCUCACCUGUUUCGGAUCCAUGGUAGUGGGCUCUGUGCUUACCUGGAUGACAAUGGGCUCAGCUCCUCCCACUGCAGCACUGAGAGGAGCUGGAUUUGUAAUAAACAUGAGCUGCAGAGCUCAGGCAAGGGCAACAGGAUGAGACGGCCUCCAAACCUCUGUGUCAGCUCCUUGGGCGCUGCAGGGAGGCCUUCUCACUCCCAGAUAUCUGGUGCACCAUAG